AUGUCUGAAGCACAAACUCGGCCUGCGCGAGGCAGGAGCUCUGCCCGCGGCGGCAGGGCAUCAUACGGCUCCCGGGGCCCCAGAAAGACCAACGGCGACAGCGCGUCCUCCAACAUUGACACAUCGGCAGACCAGGGCGAACUGGGCGAGCUUAAGAAGCGCUACCAGUCACAGCUAUCCACACUGAAGGAGCUAUUCCCCGACUGGACCGACGCCGAUCUCGUCCUCGCAAUCGAAGAAUCUGACGGCGACCUGCAGACCACCAUCGAGAAGAUCAGUGAGGGCGCCGUCUCGCAAUUCUCAGAAGUCCCAAAGAAAGCAAAGGACAGGUCCCGCUCCAAGGCCAAGGAGAACGUCCCCCUCGAUGGCGCGUCCAGCCUGCGUGGCCGGCCCGACGGAGCCCGUCGUGGAGUCGACAGCGGUCGCGGCGGCCGUGGCGGACGAGGCACUGAUCGUGGUCGCGGUGGAAUUCGUGGCGGUCGUGGAGGCGCCGCCGGUGGACCUCGUACGGCUGCUGGAUCAGUCCCGACUACCGAGUCCGCUGCAUGGGACACGCCCACAGUGCCAGAAGAGUCCAAGGAGACCAAACAGGACGACGAGACCGUACACGCGCCUGAAGCGACCCCCGAAGCCAUAAAGCCUGUCGUAGAGGCUACCAUGACAGCCGCGAAGAAGACUUGGGCGAGCAUGUUUGCUGCACCCAAGCCCGUCCCCGCAGUCCCCAAGGCAGCUCCGAAGCCCGCCGCCGCUGCUGCCCCCGAAGUGUCCUCACAAGUACCCGACGAGACGCCCGCGCACCAAGUUGCCCAAGAGCCCGCUGUGCAAGCAGAAGAACUGCCUAUACCCCCAGUUGCAGAUGAGGCUGUCCAGACACCGCCCAUCACCGCCGAAGAUACGUCCAAGAUGACGCCGGACAAGAGUGUGGAUGGUGCCCCUGACGUCACCCUCACACCCUCCGGAGAUCAACUUACGCAAGAGAAUGUUGAGCACCUGCCCGACACGUCCAUCCCACCCAAGACGGAGACAGCUUUCAGCACUGUCGCAAGCUCGAAGGAUGUUGGAAGUGCUGUAGCGACCCCCUUGAACGGUCCUACACAGGCACCCAUCGGUCGCCCCGCUAUCGGAGGAUUCCAAACGACCGCAUUGAAAGCGACUUCUGGAACCCCGAACCGAAGCGCAAGCUACCAGAGGAGGUUGAUGGAGCAGCAGGAGGCCGUGGUCAUGCCCGGAGACCGCGCCGUGGACAGGGCAGCAGUCCAAUUCGGUAGCAUGGGAUUGGGCGACGGCUCGGAUCCAGACGUCGACGAAGACAGGGAAGAGGCGGAGACGAGGACACAGCCGCCCCAGCACUCUCCCGUCGCGCAGCCCAGGGCUUCUCUACCUCCCGCUCCCCGCCAAGCAUCUCAAGAUGCUCCCCAACAGGAGGCCGCUCCUACACCAAAGCAGGCCCCUGGACUGCCACCUGUGCCCCAACACCAGCCCGGCCUACAGCAGUCUCCCUCGAACCCGCUUGCAUCCCAGGCUAUGCAGAACCAAGGAUCUCAGUCGAACCAGCCAUACAACCAGUUUGCUAGGUAUGGUCAGUCAGAGGCCUCCGCCCCACCGCAGAAGCCAUACGAUCCAUUCGGCCAGCAGAUCCCACAGUCGAACCACUCGCAAUCGCAAAACUACGACUACCCCGGCCAACAAAGCCAGGCCCCGUCCCAGCCUGGUGCCUUCUCGUCUGCCCCAGACGGUUACCCCUCCAACUACCUCACUGCCGAACAACGCGCGCAAUACCAGAACUACUAUGGAAGUUACGGUCAGCCCAUCGCACAAAGCCAGCAGGAAGCUGGUUCUGCUCAGCAGCGCACUGGCAGUGCCUUUGGCUCUGGACCUGCUGACUCUGCUUAUUCGCAGAGCCAAAUCCCACAGGUAAGUGGUCUCUCUAAAGGUCUGAAACAGCUCGCCAAACUCAAAACCGAUAAUCAUGCCAACCAAUCUGAACCAUCUCAUGUGAAUGAGAAACUCUGGGCAGAGAUGGCACAUGACACGGGAAGAACCCAGAGCCGUUACGGCGAUGCUCAGAACAGCGGACAUAACACUCCCAACCCCGCCGCCAUGGCUGGCCAACAAGGACAUGCCGCUCAAGGCCAGCACGCGCACAACGCGCACAACGCCGGCUACCCAUACAGUCACCCGUACUAUGGCAGCCCCUACUACGCUAACUACGUGAACCAAUUCGGUGGUUACGGUCAGGGAGGAGCCGGCUAUGGUUCGUUUGGAAAGGGUGGCAUGUACAACCAGCCUCACUACGGCAUGUCUCCUCAGGCUUCAUUCGACCAGCACUCGUCGUCCCCCGCCAAUGCAGGCGGCUUCGGCGCUUCCUCUUUGCAUGAUCGCGGUAGCGGUAUGGGUGCAGGCUUCGGCGACUACGGUCGCUCAGCCUCUGGAGCUUCUCAGAACCCCAGCGCCACUGCCGGCGCUGCUGCAUUCGGCGCCAUUCCCGAUACCAUUACCCGACCAGGAAACUUUCACCAGAGUUCCUACGGACAGCAGGGUAGCCAAGGCUUCAACGAUGACGCCCUGAAGCCCUCCAACGACUACAAGAGUGGCGGACCCAGCCCAGCGGCUCUUGGUGCUCAGCCUGGUCGUCCCGGCUCUGCCAACCAGAGCACUCCCGGACAGAGCGGUCCCCAACACUCUCAGCAAGGCUACGGCAACUACCCGAGCCACCUCGGCAACAGCCAGUACGGUGGUCUCGGUGGUCUAGGUCACCAGAACUCCGGCAACCACCAGCAGCAGAGUGGCUACGGCAACUACGGCGGCUUUGGCGGAGGAUAUGGCGGCGGCAGCUACAACCGCGGAGGUUGGGGCGGAAACUACGGCCAGCACUAG